GCAGCAGCAGCAGCAGCAAUGACUGCAACAUCCCAAGACGAUCCCCUAGCCAUGGCCGAACGAAUCGCCCGCGCCCCUGAGCAACAGCAACAGCAACAAAAACAACAACAACAACCGCCCUCCUCCCUCGACGAAAAGAAAAAAGUCCCCAUGACAACCGACCUCGAACUCAUCCCAUCCGAAAAAGACGGCGAAAUCAUCAUCAUCAGCGAAGCCGAAGACUAUUCCCCCGCCGAAUACAAGAAAAUCCUCCGCAAAAUCGACCGCUUCUUACUCCCACUCAUGUGGUUCUGCUACGGCAUUCAACAAACCGACAAAACAUCCUUGGGAACACAAGCGAUUUUUGGGUUGCGGACGGAUACGAAAUUGGUGGGACAGCAGUAUUCGUGGUUGACGACGAUUUUUUAUAUUACCUAUAUGAUUGGAGAGUUUCCGAGUAAUUUUUUGUUGCAGAGAUGGUCGUUGGGACGGUCGUUGUCGAUUUAUAUGUUUUGUUGGGGUGUCUGCGUAACCUGCAUCGGCGCCGCGCAAAACUGGACCCAUCUCAUGAUCCUCCGCGCCCUCCAAGGUUUUUUCGAAUGCACCAUCAGCCCCGGCUUCGUCCUCGUCAUCGGCAGCUGGUACACUCGUGACGAGCACUCUUCACGUUCCCUCUUCUUCCAAUCCGCCAAUGCAGGCUUCGGCAUCAUCGGAAAUCUCUCCAUGUACGGCAUUGGAUCCCACGCGCAGAAAUACGGAGGACUUGCGCCUUGGAGAUGUAUUUCGUUGUUUUUGGGAGCGUGCACGUUGUUGUUGUCGGUGAUUUGUUUUUUUAUGUUGGGGUCGCCCAAGGAGGUGAGAUGGUUGAGGAAUGAGGAGAGGAAGAUUGCGCAAGCGCGUGUCGUUUCGAACAAGGCGGGUAGAGAUGUUACUGGUAUUAAGUGGAGUUGGCCUCAGGUCGCUGAAGCAUUCAAGGACCCUCAGUUGUAUUUCAGCAUGGUCAAUGCAUUCCUGUCCUCCGUCCCCAACGGUGGCCUCACCACAUUCGGUGGAAUUGUACUCAACUCCUUUGGCUUCACCGAGCUUCAAGUCUUGCUCGUAGAAAUUCCUCGAUCAGUAAUCUCCGUCAUAAUCUUCAUCAUAGUCGGCUUCUACACCCGCGCCGUCCCCGAACGACGCAUGUACAUCAUGGCCUCCGCCUGCAUCCCCCCCUUCAUCGGCCUCCUGGGAAUGAGCAUGUUACCCAACACACCCGAGCACCAAUGGACGAAAUGGGGCCUCUACGUCCUCACAGUCCCCUUCGUACUCGCCCUCUUUCUCGCCUGGACACUCAUCCCCUCCAACGUCGCCGGACGAACCAAAAAAACCAUCAUCUCCUCCGCGACCUUCGUGGGGUACUGCGUGGGAAAUAUGUGCGGAAGUCAAAUUUUCAAAUCGGCGGAUGCGCCGCGUUAUGUCCCGGGCACGAUUGGAGCUUGUGUUUGUUUGGGAAUGGAAUUUGUGUUGAUUUGUGCGUGGAGGGGUUAUUAUGUUUGGCAGAAUAAGAGGAGAGACAGGCGCGCCGAGGCGAGUGGGGUGGCCAGGGAGGAGCAGGAGAGGUUGGGGAGGGAGUUGGGAGAGAGGAAUUGUACGGAUUUGGAAAAUCCGCAUUUUAGGUAUACGACUUGAUGUUUUUUUUUGUUUGUUUAUUCUACCUUUUUUUAUUGGAAGUGGGAUAGGUGUGAUGAAGAAAUGAAUUGGGAUUUGAUGGAUAUGAGAUGAGAACACGUGUAGACAGCUAGAAUCAGUCAAGACGGUAUGAAAACUAG